AUCGUGGAAAAAUUUCCGAACAAAAAAUUCAACAUUCUGGCUCCAGAAAUUCCUACGAGUAUCCAGACGACAUCCGAUAGGAGUGGAGGCACACUUAUUAAAUCGAAUAGUGGAGAGGCCGCAAGGCCUCUCCCGACCACCGAAAUUUAUUCGCCUUUGGACACCAUCAACACCCUCACACCAAAAAAUAAGUUUUCGGAACACCAUUCGUUUUCAUUCGAUAGCUACUGCAAGAGAACGCACAAUCCCAAAUCUUUCAUCGAAGACGACGAACAAUCGAGCAGAUCAUCCGAGACGUGUUACACAUCACGUUACAACGUCAAAAGCAAAAGUGAUACCGAAGAUGACGGAAGCAAUAAGUGGUCUUAUAAAGAAUUUAGGUCUCCGUCCCUGCAGCGACCUCAGAACUUGCCAAACUCCGACAGUUCCACAAUCGGCCAUCAUGAAUACAAACGAUAUAGAUCUCCUAGCAUCAAAGAUCGAACAGAUUGUCUUUCACUAUCUUUAUCUCCACCAGGAUCAAGGGGAACAAGUGUGUUCUUAAGGGACUGUCCUUCAAUUUCGCCUACGAAAGACGUAAGCCUCCUAGACGUAGAAGAUAUUAAGAAGUUACAUUAUAUUGAAAACCGAGAGAGUCAAGAAGACGAAAGCGAAUAUGAAGCUGGUGGAUAUAUGCCUAUUAACAUUGGUGAUAUUCUUAGAAAUCAGUAUAAAGUGUGUCGGAAGUUAGGGUGGGGUCAUUUUUCUACAGUCUGGCUAUGCAAAAAUCUUUCCGAAAAUGGUCCUAGAUACGUGGCCCUAAAAAUCUGUAAAUCAGCUCCAAUGUUCACCGCAGUCGCUAACGACGAAAUAAGACUUCUUCAGGAAACUAGAUCUAUCAAUCCCGACCAUCCGGGCUAUAAAAACAUAGUCCAGAUGGUAGAUACUUUUAAACUGAUUAGCGAAAAUGGAGUUCAUACUGCCAUUUCCUUAGAAAUAAUGGGACCAAGCUUACUACACCUACUUAUUCAAAGUGAUUUCCGAGGGCUUCAGGUGCCCCCAAUUCGCAGAAUUAUAUUUCAGGUUUUAAGAGGGCUGACUUAUCUUCAUGAAGACUGUCAUAUAAUUCAUACCGACAUUAAGCCCGAGAAUAUCUUAAUUAAGGUGAAUGAGUCCUAUAUAAGACAAAUCAUUGGAAAAAUGGAGAGGUUUUCAGAAUUAGGAGUUGAAUUGCCUAGAUCUUAUGUUAGUUCCGAAUUUUGGGUUGAAAAAGAUCGAGGACUACAUGAAUCGGACGAUGAGAUUUUAACGAAAUUUGGCGAGCAAAGGGCAUCUUCCUAUCCUAAUGAUAUAUACUUAAGUGAUUUAGUCAAUUAUAGGCAGAGACAUAGCCAAACUAAUUUUAAUGCACCUAUGUGGGUUACUCCGAAUAUAGAAAUUAAAAUUGCAGAUUUAGGAAACGCCUGUUGGGUGGAUCACCAUUUUUCCCAGGAAAUCCAGACCAGGCAAUAUAGAGCGCUUGAAGUUAUUAUGGGUGCGGGAUAUAGCUAUCCAGCAGAUAUUUGGUCAGUUGGAUGUAUGGCAUUUGAAUUAGCGACAGGAGAAAUGUUAUUCAGUCCCAAGGGAUCUAAUGAUUUUUCAGCGAACCUUGAUCACUUGUGCCUCAUAUGGGAGACUCUUGGAGGGAUUCCCAGAUAUAUUACAGAAACUGGAACCGAGUCUAAAACUUAUUUCGUCAAUGGAAGACUAAAAGAGAUUCCGGAAGAAAAUCUUCGAAUCUGGAAAAUUGAAGAUGUUUUGGUAGAAAAAUACAAGUGGAAACGGUUGGAGGCAAUUCCAUUCGCAGGUCUUCUCGAAACCUUAGUGGAGCCCGACCCUGCUUUAAGAGCAACCGCUUCCGAAGCAUUGACCAACGAAUGGCUUCUAUCAAUUGACCUUUAACACAAUAUAUUUCCAAACAUAUAUGUGCAAGACUGAUGUUAUUUGUUUUUAACUAUACCGUUUGUUCAACGGAUGUCAUGUUUACAUUUUUGUUUGUUCUCGUUGUAUCUUCUCUCUCUUAGAAUUUUAUAAUAAAGUUUUGAAA